GGGAAAUGGGUCCUCAGCUACACGUCAGCAGCACCUACUCGGAGGAGUUCAGUUACCCAGCUCGGGUAACUACCCAGUCCAGACCGUCCUCUGCAUAUCGCAGGAACAACCCUCACCCACGUCCGGACUUCCUGAUGCCAAGAGCGCUGCAGACAGGAUAUGGAUCACGGAAGCACUUUCAGAUGACGACACUGCCUACCUCUUUUUUACCUCCAGUUAGACAUACUUCAGUUCAGUAUCCAGAUGUACAGACAGCACAUGUUCAGCCGGUGCAAAGCUCAUCUCAGAGAGACUCCAAACCACCCAAGGCCUCUUCUGCAGUUUGUACACUGCCACCUGCUGGCUGGCUCCCUAAACCACAGAGAACUAACUUUCCUUCUGCAACAGUCACAUACACACCUGGGAAGUACUCAGGCCAAGAUCAUAUUAGAUCUACAUGGAACCAACAGAUGAACAUCAUGCCAUCUUUUAAAACCCUCAAACAUCAGGUUACCCAUAAUCACAGAAGAUCACGCUUAAAAUCCACUUCUGACUGCAGUGAAGGACACAGCUGUUUCCAUGUGGUGAAGCCCUAUAAAGUUGGACACUACAUCAUCCACCCUGAGUUUGUGUCAGAAGCAAUGCACUACUAAUAACCACAGUGUUUAGACAAUUCUUUUCUAACUUUUUGUUAAACUUAUUUUUACAGUUAUUAUUAUAUGGUAUUUAAAACAUAUCAUUAAGGUAUGUUAUGUGCUGUGAAAUCCUACCUUUAAUGUAUUUUUGGCUGUAAAAUGUGCAUAUUAAAAAUAAAACA